GAUGUUUUAUUUCUUGGCCCAUCCCCAUGCAUACAUACCCUACUGUAUUAUGCAAUGUGGUAUAAAUAUGUGGGCACAAUCCGUGCGUUCUCCAACUUAGAUCAUCACAAAUGUGGUAUAAAUGUGAUGUAAGUUGAGUGGAUUCCAUUAGUAUCACAUGCACUCUGAAUUAGACUUUGAUUAGCAUAUGACUCACAAUUUUCUACCCAUCUGUUUCUUACGCAUUAGUUUACUUUUCCGAGUUGUUGGUGGGGCCUCUGCGUGGGACCAUGACUCUUAAAGAAGGGGAUAUGCGAUUAUAAUAUCGCUGGAGGGAGCCAGAGGCGAGAGAUAAAAGAGAGAAGCGAAGGAGCUGAUAGUACGGAAUCCAUGGCUUCUUCCCCACGCUUUGGUUCUCUCCAUUCUGUCCUGUCUCCCGUGCCAUUCCACUAAAGGUGACGGCUUUGAGGACCCGCCAUGGCCAAAUGCAUGCUCGCUGACGCCGCCGCCGGCUUUUGCCUCUGGCCGACCUUCUCCCCCGCCGCCCUCCGCCGCAGGAUCCUCGAGGCGAUUGCCUGCGGCGCCUCCCGCCACCGCGGCAGACGGAAGGCCUGCGGCGGCGUUGAUGUGACCGAGCCGCUUCCCCGCAGACCGAGGCCUGGCCGGGCGGAGCGGCUCAUCGAGCUACUGCAGGCGGAGCCCUCCGACUCCGGCUCCGACGAGGCGGACGACGCCGAGGCGCGGCGAAAGGUGGAGGCUUUCGAGGAGAUCCAGUGCGUGGUCGGUCGGCUGCAGCUAGACGACCACAAUGCUGGCGGGGAUCGGCGGGAGGAGGCGGCGACGGAGGUGAGGAGGCUCGCGAAGGACGACCCCGAAGCAAGGGAGACGCUCGCGAUGCUCGGAGCGAUCCCGCCUUUGGUCGGGAUGCUUGACUCCAAGGAUCCUGAUCUCCAUGUCGCUGCGCUCUACGCGCUUCUCAACCUAGGGAUUGGCAACGAGUUGAACAAGGCGGCGAUCGUGAAGGCCGGCGCCGUCCACAAGAUGCUACAUUUGAUCGAGUCCGGAAGCAACCCAUCGAUCUCGGAAGCAAUCGUCGCCAAUUUUCUCGGCCUCGGUGCGUUGGAUUCAAACAAGCCCGUCAUUGGUGCCUCCGGCGCGAUCCCCUUCUUGCUAUCCGCCUUUCGAAGCCCUGAGACGAGCCCCACGGCGAGGCAGGACGCUCUACGCGCCCUCUUCAAUCUCUCCAUCGCCUCCGUCAACCUCCCCCUCCUCGUCGACGCCGGCCUCGUCCCCUCCCUCCUGGCGGCGAUCGGCGACAUGGCGGUCACUGAACGCUCCCUCGCGGUGAUAUCCAACCUCGUGGCCUCUGGUGAGGGGCGCCGGGCUGUGAGCCGCUUCGCUGAUGCUUUCGCCAUCCUUAUCGACGUCCUAGGGUGGUGCGACGCAGCCGCGUGCCAGGAGAAGGCAACGUACGUGCUGAUGGUGAUGGCCCACAAGGGGCACGGCGACCGGGCGGCCAUGGUCGAGGCCGGGGCCGUCUCUGCCCUUCUCGAGCUCACGCUGCUAGGCACCCCGCUCGCCCAGAAGCGGGCCUCGCGGCUCUUGGAGAUACUAACAGUGGAGAAAGGGAAAAGAGUGUCAGAGGCAGGAGGGAGUUCCGGCGUGUCGGCGGUGUCGGCGCCAUUGUGUGGGGCGGCGGCGGAGACGGCUCCUGCUGAAGAGGGGAUGAGCGAGGAGAGGAGGGCGGUGAGGGAGCUGGUGCAGCAGAGCCUGCAGAACAACAUGCGAAGGAUCGUCAGGCGGGCGAAUUUGGCUCAGGACUUCGCGCCGUGGGAGCGGCUUAGAGCGCUCACCGCCACCUCUACGUCCAAAAGCUUGCCCUUCUGAGGCGACGAAAAGGUAAUGGAAUGGAGGAUGGAAGGCUUCGAUCGCUUCUCUUUCGUCGGUUUCUCACUAAGAAACCUCCCUUUUGUCUUCCCUGGUUUCGCCAUCUAUUCUGCCCGUGAAGUGCGAGCCAUUUCUAUCCUCUAAAACACUUCUUUUUUCCUCCUCUACGGUGCACUCUUUCUCCUGCACCGAUGUCUUCUCUUCUUUUCUCGCCUGGUUUGGGUUUUCAUUGUCCACAUAAUAGUCUUCUAAAUAGAAUACGUACAAAAGAUCAGUCUUUUUCUCUCCAUUCCAGAUAUCGCCUUCUUUUCUUCUCUGACAUCAGAUGUCUUGGUUCUGGUUCUGACGCAAGAGAGCAUCUUUCGAGGCCAAAGUUUUGGAAUCUCUCUCUCAUUUUCUUCUUGAUAUGAGAGAAGAAAAUUCAUGCCUUGGUUUGAGUAAUAUAUGAACAUGAAUGCCUAGAAGAAAUGAAAAUUCUUUAUCUUUAUCUAGAAAAUAAUGCAGUCUACUCCGCCUAUUUAUCCCUCUCUAUCUUCUACAGGGGAGCUCAUUCUGAUCUCUAAAUAAAGAAAUGGAGUAGAUAAGACUUCAUCUUUUUCUUUGAUGGCCCUUGCUAAUGGGAAGCAUGUGUUGUUGCAGGAGGAAGAGAGAGAGAGAGAGAGAGAGAGAGAGAGCAGAUCCAUGUGUGCUCAGCAAAACUCUACCUUUCUGUCUCUUCCAUGAUUACAAUUUUGUAAAGCUUAAAGGUUCAGCCAGUCACCCUUUCUUUUGUC